AUGGCUUCUUCCAAGUCUUCAGCAACCAUAUGUGAUCUCUUUCUCAUCUUCAACCUUCUCUUCUUCACCUUUGGGACCUCUUCUCUGACGUCUAUCCCUGUACUACACCCACCAACACCUGCGGCUACUCCUCCAAGAAGCGUACAACCUGGUUCUGGUGGCCAUGCUCCUGCACCAACACCAGCAAGCCCAACUCCUGGUAAUGGUGGUCAUGGUGUACCAAUACCUAAUCCUAUUACUCCUCCAGCAAGCCCACCUUCUGGUAAUGGUCAUGGUGGACCUAGUCCUCCAGCAAGACCACCUUCUGGUAAUGGUGGCCCGUGCCCAGUGAAACCCAUUGGGUUUGAAGGAUGUGCUCAUGUGCUUGACGGCUCUGACGUCGACCUUAACGGACAAUGCUGCAGACUCGUUGACGGUUCUGUAGACAUUAACGCACCGCUGUGUCUAUGCACUGCAAUUAGAGCCAAUUUCUUGAAAGUCAACGGCACCAACAACGAUGUUGCCAUUUGUCGAAUCAUCACCCGCUGUGGCGGGAAAGCUCCUCAGGGGUUCCAGUGUCCUAAUUAUUAA